AUGAAAUCCAAUCUUGGAAAUACAGCUGUAUUGACUGCAUCCUUUGGUGUAACUGGUUAUUCCUUACCUCGGGACCAAAUUGGUUAUUGGGCAGUCAAAAUUGUAACAGGUGCACCAGAAGCUAUUCCAGUAAUAGGGUCGCCUUCGGUAGAGUUAUUACACGGAAGUACUAGUGUGGGACAAUCUACCUUGACUCAUUUUUAUAGUUUACACACUUUUGUAUUAUACCCUUUACCGCAACCAUGUCGUAAAUCUUCCACAUCAGACCAAAACGAACCAACUGAGGAUCGGUCCGAUCGAUCUUCCAUUUCCGAUUAA